UAUCCUGAUGAAGAAUAUAUUAAGUCCUAUAUCAAAUGAAAUUAUAUUUGGCUACAUCCCUUUCAUGGCAUCUUGUGUGACAUUAUGUAUUAAGGAUUUCAAUUCUGCAUACUUAUUUGAAUUCAUCAUCUCCAUAUUAGGUAUAUAUGUAUGGAUCAGUGGAGCUCAGAAAAUUAGCGAUAUGGAUGACAUACUUGCCGAAGAAGCAUAUAACAUGGAUUGGUAUGAAAUGGAUAACAGAUUGAGUAAAGACUUUAUAUUUUUUUUCAUGAGACUUCAGAACAACAAGGAAUUCAAAUCCCUAUUUUUUGUUUUGAAGAGGCCUUUAUUGCUUUCGAUGAUGAAAACAAUGUAUUCUCUCCUGAUGCUGAUUCUCAAAGGAUAUUAAAUAUUUCAGAGGUUUUGAGAAAAUGUGUUUGUAUUCUCAGAAGUUGGAAAUUAAUUGAUUUCUUGUAAACGUAUCAAAUUCACCCAAGAAAAGUAGGAUUUUCAUCUUUUUCUUCUUAUUAUUAUUUCUUAUCUUUGUUAUUUCUCUUCAUUUUUUAAGAAUUAUUUGAGUAAGUUAUCAAAUUUUAACAGUAAUUCAAUUCCGAUAUAUCUUUU